AUGAUGAUAUUCUCCUCGAUCUAUUUAGGGAUCAUCCUGGGAAAUCUCUCCAUUCUGUUUCUGGUAAUUUUUGAUUCUCACUUACAUUCCCCUAUGUAUUUCCUGCUUGCCAACCUGUCCUUCAUUGAUGUGGGUCUUUCCUCUACCACAGUCCCCAAGAUGAUUACUGAUCUUUUAAAGGAACACAAGAUAAUCUCUUUCAAAGGUUGUAUGACACAAAUAUGCUUCAUCCACAUCAUGGGAGGAGUGGAGAUGGUAUUACUCAUGGCCAUGGCAUUUGACAGAUACACAGCAAUCUGUAAGCCUCUUCAUUACUCGAACAUCAUGAGUCCUAAAAUAUGUGUUUCCUUUGUCAUCACUGGCUGGGUGAUUGGGGUGAUUCAUGCUAUGUCUCAAUUUGCUUUCAUUAUAAACUUGUCCUUCUGUGGUCCUAACAAAGUUGACAGCUUUUACUGUGAUUUUCCCAGGAUCAUAAAACUUGCAUGCACAAACGGAGCCAAGUUUGAGUUUAUUGUUGCUGCCAACAGUGGCUUCAUGAGUAUGGGAACCUUCUUUCUGCUAAUCCUUUCCUACAUCUUCAUUUUGGUCACUGUCUGGAACUGAUCU